UGGUGGAGGAGUAUUGAAGAUGGCGGGAAUGAAAACAAAAACUCCACUGGCCCACCUCCCCCUUGAAUAUGGUGGACCGGGACAGCAAAAUGAUUGUGCCCUUUCGGAUUGUGGCCCGCGAUGGAAGGAAUCGCUUCCAUUGCAAUUGCAACCGGAGCCAUCAUUAUCAUCGAAUACCAUUCCAUGUGUGUGUGUGUGUGUGCGUGGGAGUAGUGUGUAGGUCUGAUAAGGCUAGCAUCAAAACAGGAACACACACACGCACACAAAGGGCGGUUCGAUUGUAACGAUCAUCCUGCAAUCCACCUCUCCGAUCUGGCGUAAGACGAGGACACACACUAUGCCGCAAUUAUCCUCCCAAGCUGGAAGCUUUGUCACUUACACAGUUGCCUGGCUAUGAAACAAGGAAUCAGGAAAUGGGAUAGAUGGACCGACCGCCGUUCCUUCCCUGCCAACUCCACAAGCGCAAGCGAAAUGAUGAUCUUCGUAGAUGAAAUUACGUCGAUCGCAGUUGGCAGCGGAAGAGUAGUCGUCGGCCUGUACGGAUCAUCCGCAUCACAAGCGCGUUUGUUUGAAUAGCGUUUUUGUCCCCCUCCUUGUCAACCGCCCCAUCCCUUCCUCGAUCUGUCCUACUCACUCUUUUUUUUUUUUGCUGUAAGUAAAUUGCUGUCUGGAUGGCGUCGUUGGCGUGUUUGCGCCGUGCUGCGUGACUCUAACAGGGGGUUGUGUUUUUGCCACCGCAAAACACACAAUUACGCCAACUCAGCACAAAAACAGCAGCAAAAUAUGACUGCGGAGAACGCAAGCCGGGCGCGAACAGAACGUGUAGUACUCUUGGCUGGCGUUACUUACGUGCGUUUGCUGUCGUUCUUCCUUGACCAUAUAGACUUAGGUGUAGACACGGCACGAACGUUUUGGCCUGGAUGAAAAAAGAAAGAAACACUUUUCAAUAAGUGAUCGUGUGUCAUAUUUUUGUACAAAUUCCUCUAUCCAUGGAGGAAUAUUUAAGAUAGGGCCUCAUCCCCCCUUUUGGGCUUUACACGCUGUACACGAGAAUGCCAGAAACACACAUACACACAUACUCAGCUAGCAUUGAAGUGAAGUGGGGUGAAGGGUUUGUGAUACCGCCUGGGGCCGAUAAUUAUCGAUAGGGAGUCGCCGCCACGGUCAUUGCUACCGGGCGGUGGGAUUAGUAGCCCACCACCCGGCUUUACCAUUCCUGCUGCGCGAGCGCGCCUUCUUCUUUGCGCACAGGUGACAAAACGCCGCGGAAGAAAACAUCAAGUACCCCUUUGGGGGGAGGGGGUAUGAGGAGGCGUUUGGGUGUGUCUGUGUGUGUGUGUGUGUGUGUGUGUGUGUGUGUGUGUGUGUGUGUGUGUGUGUGUGUGUGUCAUGGGGAGGAUUUAUGAUGCGUCCGAUUAACUGCACCCGAAGGCAUGGAAUGGGGUUUUUUUUUGAAGACAAGCCCCGCAGUAACAUCGCGCGCACAUUAAAUGCACACAAUGCGGCGCGGAAGUACAACAUUUACCACACUCUAUGAGUUCGGGACAGAGAGGAAAGGGUGGUGGUGGUGGUGGCGCGCUAACAUUAAUGAUCACUGCUCAAUUUUCCAAUGAAACGCGAAUGAAAUCACACGCCUUCGCGGCACGAUCGCGCGUCGUACUUUGUUAGAAGGAAGAUAGAGAGAGAACGAGAGAGCAAAGAAGUGGGGGAACGAACACCACGACCACUACUGCUGCCGUCUCUAGCAGUCAUCGAGAGAGGACGGCCAAGAUCCGCGAAGAUCACGUUCUUUGAUUGUCUUUUGUCAAUUGAGGCAAAAAUAAAAUAAAAGCAGCCAUUGGCUAGUUUCUCUCGAGAUGUGUGUGCUUCGUCACCAUAGCCGCCACACACUUGCACAGAGAUCAUCCCUCCCCUGUAUCCGCGUGGGCUUUAUCCGCGCCUGGUGGCUGGGCAGAGCGUGAAGAUGUCUUGCGGUUUGACGAACAGUUGCUUAAAGCUCCUCCACUAGCUUGUGGCUGUGCGAUUGUUCUGUUUGUCUUCUGCCCCCCCCCCCCCCCCUCUUCCCUCCCCCCAACACUUAACAUCCUUCGCUACACAAGGUUAAACGUCCCCAUUAUGUAAACGAUAAUGUUUGGGCACAUUAGAGAAGCACCACAGAGGGGGGAGAGUAAAGAAGAAGACAAGAAAAAGGCACCAUACGCACACAAGAUUGACCAAUUAAAAAACGCAUAUACACACACACACACACACUCUUUUGCGUCCAUCUUAGGGUCCAGGCAAACCUGCCGGGCCGGGGGAUGGGAAUAAAUAACAUACACACGCACAGACACACACACAAACACACACACACACACACACACACACACACACACACAAGAUAAGAGAUAAGACCGAAGCUUCUCACGGCUGCCACGGGCCAGCCAAUCACUCUUCCCCUCCCGCCCGGGGUCGGUUCGCUCCGUCCGUCGGUGUGGAAAAGAUGAGGCUGAAAGAAGGCUCGAGAUAUUGGUAGGUGAUGGAAGAAGUGUGGCAGUUCCUGGCAGCAACGAAAAAAGCACCAGCCAUCGCCGCGUAAUCGCUCAGUACAGUGCCGAGCGUCGCGGCUGCUGAUUAACGCGUCGUCGAUUUUCUCGGUCGUCCGAUUCCGAUUCCCACCGAAGUAUUGAUCCCGCCCGUGUGGUAUUUUCCAUCCACCGCAGCCACCGACCGUCGCACAGGAUCUCGCAGUGUGUGUUGGUGUGUGUGUUUCUGUGUUGGAGAGGGUUAGUUCUGUUGCGGGGUAGCGGGAAUCGGGGUGCGCAGCCGGACGGCAAAUCAUCGCACACCACACACCCCGUGCGCCAGUGUGUCGCGCACAUAAUCUCUAGGCGGCCAGACAGCAUCGCGUAUCCGCGUACGAACACUGACGCGAAGUGAGAGCACGACGACGACGACGACGACGGCGCUGCUGCUGUUGCACCCAGCACGAGGCUACGACGGCCGCAGACGAUCGUGCGCGCUCCGAACCGUCGAACCGUCCCCGCACGCGCGCGCGUUGCGGGUGUCUGUGGUAGUAGUCCCCGUCCCGGCCCGGCAUGAUGAUGCAGUUUUUGCCUCUUACAGAAUGUGUACCACUGCUCGCGAGCCAAUAUGCUGCAACGACCAAAAUGUCUAACGCCGGAAUAGAGUACAGCGAGCUGAACGACCGAACGAAAGGAAGCCACGACAGCCCGAGCCAUACGUCCGAUACGGCGUAUGAAUCAUGCCUGAGUCCCCUGCAGCCGAACGAUAGCGGCAGCUUCAGCGCAAUCAACGUGUGCGCUAUCUGCUGCGAUCGUGCGACGGGCAAACACUACGGUGCCGCCUCGUGCGAUGGAUGUAAGGGCUUUUUCCGCCGGAGCGUAAGGAAAAACCAUACCUACUCCUGCAGAUUCUCACGCAACUGCGUGGUGGACAAAGACAAGCGCAACCAGUGUCGGUACUGUCGGCUGAAGAAAUGCUUCAAAGCGGGCAUGAAAAAGGAGGCGGUCCAGAACGAGCGGGACCGCAUCAGCUGCCGCAAGCCGAGCACGGACGAUAAGAACACCAUCAACGGGCUGUCGGUGAAGUUUCUGCUGCGGGCGGAAAACUUUAGCCGCCACUUCGGCGCGGCGCUGGACGAAACGAACGACGCGGAGGAGGCCGACCUGUCGUCGAAGCGGUUCGCCAGCAUCAACGACGUGUGCGACUCGAUGAAGCAGCAGCUGCUGAUACUGGUCGAGUGGGCCAAAUCGAUACCGGCCUUCGCCGAGCUGCAGCUGGACGACCAGGUCGCGCUGCUGCGGGCGCACGCGGGCGAGCAUCUGCUGCUCGGGCUGUCCCGCCGGUCGAUGCACCUGCAGGACAUGCUGCUGCUCGGGAACAACUGCAUCAUCACCAAGCAGUGCCCGGAUGCGAACAUGUCGCCCAACCUGGACAUCUCCCGCAUCGGGGCCCGCAUCAUCGACGAGCUCGUCAGUGCCAUGAAGGAGAUACAGAUCGACGAUUCCGAGCUGGCGUGCAUCAAGGCGCUGGUAUUCUUCGAUCCAAGUGCGAAAGGAUUGAACGAACCUGCCAAGAUCAAAUCGCUCCGGCACCAGGUGCUAAACAAUCUCGAGGACUACAUCUCGGACAAGCUGUACGAUUCGAGAGGAAGGUUCGGAGAGAUUCUGCUGCUACUGCCAGUGCUCCAAUCGAUCACGUGGCAGAUGAUACAGCAAAUCGAGCUUGCCAAAAUGUUCGGCGUCGCGCACAUCGAUAGCUUGCUGCAGGAAAUGUUGCUCGGAGGCGACACUAUCGAUACCUCGUCGACGAUCACCUCACCGAUAAACAUGAUGAACACCAACAACAGCCCAUCCGAUUCGUGUGAUACGACGCACCUCGCGCCAUCGAUCGGGGGCCCACCGGUGGACCACGAGGGGGCCGACCCGCUAGUACAAAUGUCAUCGCUGAACGGACCGCCCGGCUACGGUGGCGAUCCGGACGGUCUGCUCAUGGACACGGUACCGAGCGCCAACAGCUACUGUACGCGCAAGGCGCCCGAUCAGACCACGCCGGAUGCGCUCAAUGGGCAGCUACACGGUCCAAGGAAUGGUGCCGGUGGUGGUGGUGGUAGUGGUACCGUACCUGCGGACGUCGGAUACAUGCAGCAACAGCAGCAGCACCAAGAAAACCAUCAAGUACAAGCGCAGCAGCAGCAGCAGCAGCGUCAUGUUACGGGCAGCUCGCCGGAUGGCACCGUUACGGUAGCGGACAUAUACUUCCAUGCGCCCACGAGUGUCCACGGCCCGUCCUCGUCGCUGCAACUGGACAGCGACGUCGCCAUGUUCAACAACAACAAUCUGAGCUGCUGCCCGGGCGAGAUGACGCACGCGCCGGACAAGGGCUGCGAGAUGGUGAAGAUCGAGACGAAGCGCGAGCCGGAAAAUGCCUAAUUCCAAAACCCACCCACAUCCCUCUUGCCAUUCGCAACUGUGUGCGUGAAUGUGUGUGCGUGUGUGUGUGUGUGUGUGUGUGUGUGAGACAGAGAGAGAGAGAGAGGGAGAGUGUAUGUGCGUAUAGCUUAAUCAUUUUCGGGGGGAUGAAAGCAAACCAGAGAAUGGUUGAGGGUGAAUGUGCAAUUGUAAGCAGAAGGCUAGAGCAGAACCAAGAUAGUGCUGCAGCAGCAGCAGCAAGAUUGAUAUUCACGACGACGGUGCACGAGAAGCGGGCAAACAGUUUAGGAAAGGGUUUUUUUUUGUUUCUUUGUUUUGGUUUGCGUUGAUCGUGUGUGUGCGUGGUUUUUUUUACAUUAUACUCUCCGUUUUGUUACGGCAGGUUUUUGUUUUGUUUUUGUUUGGUUAGAUUUCCUUACGGUACGGUUAUGGGGCGGGUGACAAAGUGGUGACAGGGCGCUAGGCUUUUCUUCACGAUCGUCGCCGGUUGCUCUCGCGAUCGGUUGCGAUUUGACUGCAAAACAAACAAUACUGGUUGGUACUGUGCUUUCUGUUUUGGGGUUUCUUUCAAUGAAAAUGUUCAACGAAUGACUGGAGUAGGCAUGAAACAAAAAAAAAACAAGCGAACACGCCCGUGUUUAAAGCUAUAUAAGUAUAAUGAUGCUAGGGGCUAGUUAAGUAACCAAGUCAAAGUCAGACUCAUUCUGUUAGGUAGGUUUUUUUUUUUCUUUUUUUUCUCUCUCUCUCUCCUGUACAUAGAUUUACAACCGGUGGUGUGUGCACAUUCGGGAAGGUGAUUGUUAUACUCUUUGCGUAGUUUAGGUAGUCUCCCAUCCCCACCCAAUCCUUACCUCCCUUUUCACUCAUCCCCUUCGCGCUACGGGAUAGCGCGUGUUGCCCGUUUUUCUCCCCCUCUCGCAUCGCCCGAGCUAAGGAAACGUGUUCUAUAUACUACGUGACUUUGUUAUACUUCUUCUGUUUUCUGGGACGCAAAAGUGCAAAUAAAAAAAAAACGACUGUUA